GCGUCCUCCGUAGAUUGGCAGGUCACUGGGACGGCCAGCGCGUGCGCACUGGCCUGUCAGCGGCCGGUGGACCAUGGAGGCCCCAAGGCCCUUCGCCCGGGAGUGGAGCGCCCAAUCCCUACCCCUGGCAGUAGGGGGCGUUUUGAAGCUGCGGCUCUGUGAGCUGUGGCUACUGCUACUGGGUUCUAGUUUGAACGCGAGAUUUUUGCCACACGAGGAGGACGUAGACUUUAUCAACGAGUACGUGAACCUCCACAAUGAGCUGCGGGGCGACGUCAUUCCCCAAGGGUCUAACUUGCGCUUCAUGACUUGGGAUGUAGCUUUAUCACGGACUGCUAGAGCAUGGGGAAAAAAAUGUUUGUUUACGCAUAAUAUUUAUUUACAAGAUGUACAAAUGGUCCAUCCUAAAUUUUAUGGUAUUGGUGAAAAUAUGUGGGUCGGCCCUGCAGAUGAAUUUACUGCAAGUAUUGCUAUCAGAAGUUGGCAUGCAGAGAAGAAAAUGUACAAUUUUGAAAAUGGCAGUUGCUCUGGAGACUGUUCUAAUUAUAUUCAGCUUGUUUGGGACCACUCUUACAAAGUUGGUUGUGCUGUUACUCCAUGUUCAAAAAUUGGACAUAUUAUACAUGCAGCAAUUUUCAUAUGCAACUAUGCGCCAGGAGGAACACUGACGAGAAGACCUUAUGAACCAGGAAUAUUUUGUACUCGAUGUGGCAGACGUGACAAAUGCACAGAUUUUCUAUGCAGUAAUGCAGAUCGUGACCAAGCCACAUAUUACCGAUUUUGGUAUCCAAAAUGGGAAAUGCCCCGGCCAGUUGUGUGUGAUCCACUGUGCACAUUCAUUUUAUUAUUGAGAAUAUUAUGUUUUAUCCUGUGUGUCAUAACUGUUUUGAUAGUACAGUCUCAGUUUCCAAAUAUCUUGUUGGAACAACAAAUGAUAUUUACCCCUGAGGAAUCUGAAGCAGAGAAUGAAGAGGAGGAAAAAGAGGAAGAGAAGAAAGAGAAAGAGGAAAUGGAAAAAGAGGAAGAGAAGAAAGAGAAAGAGGAAAUGGAAAUGGAAAUAAUGGAAAUGGAGGAGGAAAAAGAAGAGAGAGAGGAGGAGGAGGAGGAGGAAACACAAAAAGAAAAGAUGGAGGAAGAGGAAAAAUAAGAGUAGAAAGAGGAGGAAAAAGAUGUAUCACCAAUAUAAACCAAAAGUGUAAUACAAAAAAAGACAGAAAAAAAAAAAAUAAAACACUGAGUUUUAACAAGAAAGAAAAUAUGCAAACCACCAUUGGAAUGUUUUUUAUUCCCUUCUCUCCUAUACUUAUUCAAUCAAUUUAAAUUUGUAAAACAAAGAAACAAAAAACAUGUAAAGUGGGCUCUUUGACACUAAGAACAGAUAAAGACAUGACAGGAAAAACACUGAAAAACAUUUGACCAGUCUAAUUAAUCUUAAGAUUUCACCAUGUUAUUCUAAUAAAGUAGGGAAUUUUCAUUUUCUAAACAUGUUUCCAUCUCUGUGUUUUAAAUAGUAAGGUGCUUAAGAUCAUUCCAAGUUCAUAACAACCAUUGAAUAAAAUUUGUAUUUUUUUGUUUUUA